AUGUAUAGUGAAGAUCCUUGUUCUGGAAGCAGACAAUAUGGCAUCCAAAUCUGGGGUCAGAGGAGGUCAGUCACAUGUGCACAUGUCAGCUGGGCCAAGAACCAGAAAUUCCUGACUCCUGGAAGGGGAACAAGCGAGGAUUUAAACUUCUUCAGAAAACUGGUGCAAAGGCCUGGGUUCAAAUUCUGCUGCACUUUCACCAGGUGCAUCAAUGUGGGCAAGCCACCACCUCAGUUCCCACUUUUUCAUCUGUUAAAACAAGCUGGAAACAGCAUGGAGGCCACUGCAGACUCCCUGGAAGAAUCUAUCAUCCAUGGAAGGAAUCACCUCUCAAGUCUCUUCUAG